AUGGAAAGCUUCAAACAACUUGCUCGAGAAUAUGAUGAAAACUUCGCAACAUUUCAAAAUGAGAUCAAGGAAUGGGAAGAAACACCAGAGCGAAUGGAAUAUGUCGAAUUCCACAGAGUUCAGGCUGAACAAGAAUUUCCGGAACUCAAAAAAGAAAGAGAGGAUCGAGAAAGAUGGGAUCGUGCGGAGCGGAUACGUGGAGACGACGAGAAACACAUGAGAAUCAAACAUCAUGCAGAUGAGAAAAUACGACUGGGUGUGGCUACAUUACCUCGUCUUUUAACUGAGCAAGAACGAAAAUUAGAUGUGUUUGUUGAACGGCCCGGUUCUAUCAUAACAAAUAUGAAGGAGGUUCAUCGGGAUUCGAUUACAAGACGCCUUCAUGAGUGGACUCCAGAAGAACGAGCACUGUUCAAGGGGAGGCAAUCAGAGCAUGUGAAAAUCUUUCAUGGUCUCCAGGAGUUUUUCGUCGACAAAACCGCCUCAGAUCUUGUGACAUACUACUAUAUGAAUAAAAAGACAGAGAAUUUCAAGAAGGAUUUCAAAGUAAAGAAACGACCUACAAGGUACAAAGUGGCACCGUUUCCAUCUGCUGAAGAACUAGCCUACUGUCGAAUGAUGCCUCCAUUGAAUUAUAGAGCGUAUCCAAAAAACUCUUUAAUGUGCUACUUCUGUUGUCAGACAGUCAAUGGUAAAGAUCUGGAUGGGACGCUUAUGCCAAAGGAAGCGUAUGAAAUAUUCGCAAUCUCUCCUGAAGAAGAACGUAUCGUGUGUACCCGUUGUCGAGAAGAAGCUGCUAAACUUUACAAGGAUAACCGUUGCUUUGGUAACCGAUGUUCGAACCAAAAGAAGCGAGCGAAUCGUGUCAAUCGCAACAUUCCUCUCGACCUUGCUGAUUUUCCAGUACGGACACGAGCCUUUCUAAUGGACAAACUCGGAUCGAUUCGAGUCGCUGUCAAAUUCUGUACCCCCUGCAAAAACGCGCUCACUCGCUGGAUUGCUGAUAUUAACAACAAAGAAGAAUAUAUCAUGAACGAACUGUUGAAUUAUGAAGGACAAGUUGGAUGGACUGAUGAAGAAAAAACAAAGUUGGUAACACUGAUCAAUGCAUCGGCAACUCUUGAUUGGGAUACUAUCUCAUUGGGAAUGAAUCGUCGCCCAAACGAAUGCAAAAUGCAAUACGAUGAGUUGAAUGGAGUGAAGCAACAACCAUUAUUGGAAGAACUUGAUGAUGAAGACCCUAUAACAGAUGAAGUGGGCGACUCGUCAUCUGCCAAACCAACUCCUACGACGGGCAAUCGGCGAAGUGGUCUAGCAAGGAGUGCGAAAAGAGCUCCUCGACAACCUCGUGUCCCGCGCUCCACGAAUCGGAGAACCGCUGGAGCUAUCACACGAGCUCAGGCUGUUCCUAAGUUAGUGGAAGAUCUCGGAGAUGAAAUUGAGUUGGAUGAUGAAGAGGGUAGUAACGGUAGUAACGAAAAGGGAUCUAAAGCUCCAAGCGAGAUGCGAGAUGCCUCGCCCGGGGAAAACAUGGAAGUUGACUCACCAGAAGGACAAGACGAUCUGGAUAUAGUCGAUGAAGAGGAAGAAGAAGAAGUGACAAGAGAUAUUGACUCGCCUGUCAAAACAUUACUGUCUCCGAAGAUUCUAUCCCAUAAACCUGAAUUUUCAUUACCACGAAUUCAGAAACCAUCAAUUUCUCAUCCCGUCGAGCCAAUGCCGUCCUCUCAAAAAGACGAUUCUGAAGAAGAUGAAGAGGAGGAGGAAGAAGAUGAAGACGAAGAUGACGAAGACGGAGACGAUACCCAGGAAAUCGAUGUCGACGAGCCUCCAGCAAAACGUCCCACUCCCACCUCUUCUUCGUCGCAUCUCAUUGGCUCCAGCAGCCUCGGAGGCGGUGGCGACGGAGUACAUGAGCUGGGUGGGCGUGGUUUCAUCCAACAACAGCAGCAGCCACAAAGUGCCGCGCCCCCAGUGACCGUCACAACAGCCUCUGCAACAGCGCACAGACACGUCGACUCCACGUCCCCCUCUCCCUCUGUUGCCUCUCAGCUAGUACCACCGACAGAAACGAAAGAAUCAGUUCCUUCGCUCGUCGUGCCUGUGGCACAACACGCGCCCACCGUUGCCAUCUCGGGAAUGGUAGCGCCCACAGCUGCAUCUCAAGCUGUCCCAUCACCUGUGCCUAUUGCGCAACCGAUUCCUCUCAUUCCGCCGAGAGAGAACACUACCCCACAAAUUCUAACACCGACUCCACUACGGCCUACCGCAUCCUCAACUCCAUCUAAUCAAGUGAACAUGCAGAGCAAUUUGGAUAUUAAUAUGCUGAAUAUGCUCAAUCAGCAUCCUAACGGGCAACAGUUAUUGGCCAUGAUCAUACAGCAACAACAGACCCAACAAGCGCAACUAGCCCAGCAAGCGCAACAGGCUCAACAGGCGCAACAGGCCCAACAAGCCCAACAAGCCCAAAAAGCCCAACAAGCUCAACAGGCUCAAAUAAUCCAACAGAUGCAACUUCAAGCCGCGUUCCAACAAGCACAAGCUCAAUCUCAAGUUCAACCACAAGGAAGUAUCACUUCUGGUACACCGUUCCAGGCUCAACAACAGAAAGAGCUGAACGAAGCACUUCUUAAGUUGGCGGCUCAAGCGCAGUUACCGAUUGGCGCAAACCCAGAAAUGGUCAAGAAUUUCUUGAAUCCUCAACAUCCAUUGUUUGCGCAUCAGCAGGCAGCACUACAACUCCAGCAACAACAACAGAAUGCACAUCAGCAGCAACUAUUGCAGCAUCUUUAUCAGCAGAUUCAUCAAGCCCAAACCCAAGCUCAUGUUCAAGCUCAACAAGCCGCUCAGGCCCAGGUUCAAGCUCAAGCUCAAGCACAACAAGCCGCCCAGGCCCAAGCUCAAGCCCAAGCCCAAGCUGCUGAGAAGGCAAAGCAAGCACAAUUGCAAAAGAACCGUGAAGCGCAACUGAAAGCAGUUCAAGCCCAGUUCAAUCUGAAUCGAUCGAGUGUUCAAAUGCCAAUCGGAAUCAACAUAGCAUACCAUCAGUCACUUGCACCCUCAGUUGAACCAUCUUCUAGUGUCACCCCACCUGUGCACAGACCAAGAGCUUCGACUACAAGCAGUGUCAAACCGAUGAGACCCAAUGUACAGGAAGCAGAGCUGAAAAGUUUGAGAGAACAACUUGUUAUGAGAUUGAGAUUUAUCAAAGAGGCAAUGGCGGAGGACAAGAAAAUUUCUGCGGAUUCCGAUCAAUUGCGUACAUUGUUCUCUCAGAAUACUCAGAAUACUCAACUUCAAAAUAAUGAGGUCUUCAAAAUUCUACAGACAAGACUCGAACAGAGCAAUGCGAGAAGAGCAGAAAUUCAAAAAAAUAUGAACGAGCCUCUGCGAUUUGUCGAAGAACUUAUGUCAAAGUACCAAGAUCUAAAUAUCUUUUCGCUGGAUCAAAACGAUCGGGAGACCGUUGCUCUCUUGGGAACCAGGUUCCUCGAAACUAAGAAGAUGCAGCAGAAUGCGGCACAACAGCAAAAAGCGCAUCAGACCAAUUUGACUGCUCACCGUGCAAACCCGAUUGGAAUAAACAGAGAGUAUCCAGCACAGCAGUCGCAAUCUGCUGCCAUAAUUCAGCAACAACAACAUCAACAGCUCCUACAGCAACAGCAUGCUCUGCAACACCAACAGCACCAGCUUAAUGUUCAAGUUUCGUCACAAAAAAGAAAGCUGGAAACGAAUUCAACAGCCCAAAAACGAAAUGGUGCAUCUCACGCGUCGAGUGCUCAGCCUUCUCCAGUUAUCCCGAUCUCAUCUGUUCAUACGACACAAUCACUACCUCUCCCAUAUCCUGCUGGACUUUUACCUCAAGAUCUGGCAGCAUAUCAGAAUAAAUCGGUUUGUGUGAAUUUCCCAACAAUACCCAAAGCAUCUGAGCGGGAUCGACAACUUCAAGAGCAACAACAGAAAAUACUGCAACAACAAUUGGCAAUGAAUCUACAUCAAAUGCAGCAAAAGCAAACAGCUCAACAAGAAACAAAAUCGAAGCGGAAGUCUGGAAUCGAGAGUAUCACAAGUAUGCAGGCAGCUGCACCCCAUAGACAUGCAUUGGCUGGUCCUUCUACUUCACGAAUCCAAGGGGCAAGGGGAGUCAGCCCAGCACUUUCUGUCUCAAGAAUUGCUCCCCAAACAACUAGUGCUGGUCGUAGUAUAACUGCUGGAACAUCGGGACAUCCGUUGGGUUCGGAAGCGGUUAAUAAGAAUGCUGGAGACAUAGUGAAGGAACUUGCUAAAUCGGCUCAACAACACUUUUUACAAGCUAAACUUCAAGCGAACAACUCGAACGCUGUUUCUCCUGCUAAUACGAACAAUUCGGACGAUAUCGAAGUUGUCUGGGAAGGGCAGUCGGCAAAACCAGCUCCAAAGAAGAUACAGCGGCUUGAACCACUCUGCAGACCAACAUCUGCUAAAGGGUACCUUAUGGCGAAGCAUUUGGGUGUUGAUUAUUCUCUUCGUCUCACUAAAGUUCCUGAAGUGAAUACGGUUGAAGAAGCUAAAGAAUGUCUGGCAUUGAUACUUGCCAACGAAGCCAGCGAGCCAGCAAUCGAAAAGACAGUAACUGGUUUAGUCAGCAAAGGUGAGAAUGCUGCGGCGGCAAAUGGAACAGAAGUCAACUACAUGGAAAUCUACAAGGAAGCAGCCAGACUUGACGAGAGGCGUUAUGAAGAAUUUUGCAAAUUGAACCAAGAUGCUUCUAUGCAAGCCAGGAUACAGCAGCUGAACCUCAAUCCAAACUGCAUCCAGCAAUAUCUACGGCAACCGAACAUUCAAAAGAUGAUGGCUGAACAGAAUCUGCAAUUUUCUCAACUGUCGAAGCCAGCUCAGCCAGGGCAGCAACCAAAUCAAUCAAACAAACAGGAAGCAUAUGACAAAAAGUUUCAACUUCUCACGUUUCCCCAAGAAGUGAUUCGUCCAAUCCCAACAACUGCCAACAUGUUUGCAAACCCUCUACCUUCCACCUCUACAUCAACAGUGACGUCUUCUGCAUCCGCUCCUCAGCUCCCACAAACCUCUGUGCCACUUUCAACCGGAAUUCCAGUGACAGCCACUCCUCACGCGAUUCCUUCUCCAUCGGUAGCUAUUCAAACUGUUCCACCCGUUCCACAAGCUGCACCUGCGAUUCCUGCAAAACCGUCGUCUGUAAAUUCGAGAUUAUCCAAUGGGUUCUCUGGCGACGAUGAGAGUCGAAUGAAUCAUUUGGCUGCAAACAGACAACCACCUGCUCCUGGAGACAGAACGAAAUAUCGUUCAAUAAUUGAUUUCCGUGCAACCGGAGAGGUAGAUUUCGAACACAAACAAAUCAAGUUCCCACUUGCUGAUCAACCCCAGAAUACACUUCCGAAGAUAACUUCUUACACGAAACCUCUCAGAAAUCUAGUCUAUGAAGAUUUAUCAGAUGAUGAAUAG